CGGAGGGCAGGGCUUGGGGAGGAGAGGCAGCCCGGGUCCGGAGAUCCUGGCCCUGGGUGUGAUUGGAGCCGGGGCCUGGGGGGCGGGGCUCUGGGGACUAGGAGGAGCCUCCCAGCGUGGGCGGGCAGAAAACCCGGAGUGGAGACUGGGAUCUCUCCGCCUCCUCCCCCCGGGCCGAGAUCUCUCUGCCCCCUCCCCCCGGGAUCUGAGAUCUCUCCGCCUCCUCCCCCCGGGCUGAGAUCUCUGUCUUCUGAAAACCAUCUCUGCACAUGCUAGCCCCAGGUGAGCCUGCAGACAACCAAAGGCUAUUCCAAGGAGAGAGCCUGGAGCCAGAGAGAAUGACCCCGGGGACCCAGAGACCCCCAUCCCAGGAGUUGGUGACAUUCAAGGAUGUGGCUGUGGAUUUCACCCAGGAGGAGUGGCGCCUCUUGGACCAUCCUCAGAGAGAGCUGUACAAGGAGGUCAUGCUGGAGAAUGUCCAGAACCUGCUCUCUGUGGGACUUCCAGUUUCUAGAGAAGAUUUGAGCUCUCCUUCCCAGGGAGGGGAAUCACCAGGGAUGGUAGGGCACAAAGGUCCAAGGAUCUCCUGUCCAGGUGGAGAGACCAGGUUGGAAGUGAAGAAGAUGGCUACAAAGGUGAAGAUUUCCAUGGAAGAAUUUGGCCAGCAUAGAUUUGAGAGUGAUGGUGCCUGUAACUUCAAUUUGAAAGAAAUCUGUGACACUGAAAUCAAGGUGGGUAAGAGUAUCUGCAAGUUUGGUGAAAUUGAAAAGGUAUUCACACAGUCUUCAGUCUUAAAUAACAAGAAGAGAAGGACUUCAUGGAAUGAAUAUUUUCAGGAGAGUGAAGAUAAUAAAUGGUUUCCUCAACAACUAGAGCCUUUUAAGGCCCAGAACAAGUUUCAUCAAAUGCUAAAGUACAAAGGUAAUCAUCGGGAAAUGGCUUCGAAUUUGAAUUCUGCUCUCAUUGGACAUCAGAAAAGUGACAGAAGUGGGAAGGGCUUCAGUCAGAGCUCUAAGUUCAUUCCUCUACAGAAAAUUCACAUUAGAAAGGAACCUGUUGAAUACAAUGAAUGUAAAGCAACCUCAUCGGAUCAAUCGUAUCUUCCUUGGCAUGCUAAGUUUUAUGAUGGAAGGAGAAGACAUGCAGUUGAUUGUUGUGGAUUGGCCUUUGGUUUGAACUCAGAUCUUAUAAGGCAUCACAACAUUCACAUUGGAAAAACAUUUUAUAAAUGUAAUCAGUGUGGAAAGGCUUUCACAAAGAGCUCCCAUCUUGUUGUCCAUCAGAGAAUUCAUACUGGAGAGAAACCUUAUGAAUGUAAUCAGUGUGGAAAGGCUUUCACAAAGAGGUUCAAUCUUACUCAGCAUCAGAGAAUCCACACUGGAGAGAAACCCUUUGAAUGUAAUCAGUAUGGAAAGGCUUUCACAAAGAGCUCCCAACUUGCUUCACAUCAGAGAAGCCACUCUGGAGAGAAACCUUAUGAAUGUAAUCAGUGUGGAAAAACUUUCACAAUAACCUCCAAUCUUGAAGUACAUCAGAGAAUCCACACUAGAGACAAACCUUAUGAAUGUAAUCAGUGUGGAAAGACUUUCUCACAGAGAUGCAGUCUUGCUAAGCAUCAGAGAAUGCACACUGGAGAGAAACCUUAUGAAUGUAAUCAGUGUGGAAAGACUUUCAUAGAGAGGUUCAGUCUUGCUGUACAUCAGAGAAUCCACACUGGAGAGAAACCUUUUGAAUGUAAUCAGUGUGGAAAGGCUUUCACAGCGAGCUCCAGGCUUGCUGCCCAUCAGAGAAUCCACAGUGGAGAGAAACCUUAUGAAUGUAAUCAGUGUGGAAAGGCUUUCAUAGAGAGGUUCAGUCUUGCUGUACAUCAGAGAAUCCACACUGGAGAGAAACCUUUUGAAUGUAAUCAGUGUGGAAAGGCUUUCACAAAGCACUCCCAACUUGCUUCACAUCAGAGAAACCACACUGGAGAGAAACCUUAUGAAUGUAAUCAGUGUGGAAAGACUUUCACAAUAAGCUCCAGUCUUGUUUGCCAUCAGAGAAUCCACACUGGAGAGAAACCUUAUGAAUGUAAUCAAUGUGGAAAGUCUUUCAAACAGAGCUCCCAUCUUGCAGCACAUCAGAGAAUCCACACUGGAGAGAAACCUUUUGAAUGUAAUCAGUGUGGAAAGGCUUUCAUAGAGAGGUUCAGUCUUGCUGUACAUCAGAGAAUCCACACCGGAGAGAAACCUUUUGAAUGUAAUCAGUGUGGAAAGACUUUCACAAAGAGGUUCAGUCUCACUCAGCAUCAGAGAAUUCACACUGGAGAGAAACCUUUUGAAUGUAAUCAGUGUGGGAAGGCUUUCAUAAAGAGCUCCCAACUUGCUUCACAUCAGAGAAACCACACUGGAGAGAAACCUUAUGAAUGUAAUCAGUGUGGAAAAACUUUCACAAUAAGCUCCAGUCUUGUUUGCCAUCAGAGAAUCCACACUGGAGAGAAACCUUAUGAAUGUAAUCAGUGUGGAAAGGCUUUCAAACAGAGCUCCCAUCUUGCAGCACAUCAGAGAAUUCAUACUGGAGAGAAACCUUAUGAAUGUAAUCAGUGUGGAAAGGCUUUCACAGUGAGCUCCAGUCUUGUUGCACAUCAGAGAAUGCACACUGGAGAGAAACCUUUUGAAUGUAAUCAGUGUGGAAAGACGUUUAGAAAGAGGUUCAGUCUUACUCAGCAUCAGAGAAUUCACACUGGAGAGAAACCUUAUGAAUGUUAUCUGUGAGAAAAUGCUUUCACCCUGAGAUCCAGUUUUGCUCAGCAUCAGAGAAUCCACAGUAGAGAGAAACCUUAUGGAUGUUAUCAGUGUAGAAAGACUUUCACAGUGAACUCCAGUCUUGUUGCACAUCAGGGAAUCCAUACUGGAGAAAUCUUAGGAAUAUAAUCAAUGUGGUAAAACCUUCAUGUAAUACUCACAUUAUAUAGAAAUCUUAUCACUGUUAUGAAUUAGAAAAUGCAUUCAGUUGUCAUUCAGAGCUUCCUCAAAAUUAGUGAAUUCAUUUUUAUGUUUUUGUCAUUUAUUUAGAAUUUUAUUUUCCCCCCAAUUACAUGUAAAACCUAUUUUAAAGUCCAUUUAAAAACUUUGUGUGUUUCAUAUACUCAAAGUUCUAUGGGACUGUGAAUACCCUUCGACCCAGUAAUACCACUACAAGGUCUGUAUCACAAAGAGAUCAUAGAAAAUGGAUGUGACGAGUAAAAGUAAAUGUGUGUGGUCACCUAUCCCCUGUGUGGGGAAAGCUAACUAGGACAACAGUUUAA